AAAAUGAGCUAGUUAAAAAUAGUCCAAUAAGCAUGACCAAGUGGCAGUUGUUCCUGCAGAUUGAUUAAUCCUUCCAGAUUCACCGUAGUUAUGGGAGUAUGCUUGAAGGCGAGGCUAAUGAACUUAAGAGAGUAUUCUUGGAAGGGAAUCCGGACCUUCUGGUGAUUACAAUGAUUGUCUCAGUAUUUCAUUCCAUAUUCGACUUCUUGGCAUUUAAGAAUGAUAUUCAGUUUUGGAACAAAAACAAAUCCAUGGAUGGAUUAUCUGCAAAGUCAGUUAUUGUGAGCUUCUCAUGUCAGCUUAUCUGCAAAGUCGGUUAUUAUGGUCUUUGCACUAAUUGGAUCCCCUUGAUGAAUCUCUAAUGCUCAAACCUGUCCCUGGAGUAGAUGAUUCUGAGUAACUGAAUACAGUAUAAUUUCCUGGAAUUUUAUUUUAUUUUUCACGAAAAGGUUGAUAUGUGCUUGU